AUGUCUCAAACCGAUUAUAUAGAUGUCGGAUGGCAGGAAUACUUCCAAAGACAUGGACGUCUGCCGAUACGUGAGGAUGAUUGCUCGUAUGUUUGGCAAGUACCCGCCCAAAACCGCUGCGAAUGGGUGAAGACAAUUCACGAUUGCAACACAGAUUCCGUAUUCCAAUACACAGAGCUCCUAUUUUGCACUUUUAAUUCGGAUAAUAAACUUCUGUUCAGUGUUGGAUUGAUGCCCAUGGUUCUAUGGCUGUUAUAUAUGUUUCUGAUGCUCGGAACCACAGCAGACAACUUUUUCUGUCCGUCACUGGCGGUAAUAGCCAGUGUGAUGCGAUUGUCGGAUAAUAUAGCGGGGGUGACAAUAUUGGCAUUCGGAAACGGUGCUCCGGAUAUCUUUACGUCCCUCGUGUCCGGCAACGAAGAAGGGAUAAUAAUGUUCACGGAAUUAAUCGGCGCCGGUGUCUUCGUGACGACUAUGAUCGCCGGAUCCGUCGCAGUGGUCAAGCCUUGUCGGAUCUACUUGAAGUCACUCAUGAGGGACGCCUGCUUUUAUAUCGUGACCGUGUGCUGGAUCACAUAUGUCGUGAAAGAUCACACUAUUCACCUUUGGGAAGCUUUUAGUUUUGUUCUAUGCUACGUACUCUUCAUCGUGGUGGUAGUGUUAAUGCAAAUGUAUGAGACCAGGGAGGAAAAGAUUAAAAGCAGGAUCCCAAGUGAAUCGGAUCCAGACGUCCUGCGCACUUACUUGGCGAACAAGGAUGCAGCCAGCGCUCUCAAGAUUCCCGUGAGGCCACGUGCUUUUAGCCUGCGAACUAAGCUCGAUAUUGCAAUUGCCAUGGAACUGCAACGGGAAAAGAAGUUACAGAAGUCAACGUUAUCAGAUGAUACACUAUCACGUGAAGAAGAUACUGACAGACCACAGGGACUGUUCAAGGAAUUCCUGUAUGAUAUCACACCGAUAGGGGAGGAGGAAUGGACGAACGCGAAUUGGAUUUUUAAGUUCAUUUUAAUUAUCCGCGCACCUGCCAUGUUCCUACUUCAAUUAUUUAUCCCACUUGUGAACAUGGCCGCCGCGAAGAAAGGCUGGUCCAAACUGCUAAAUUGCUUCCAGCUGUGUGUGACACCGACGUUGGCAUUGUUUCUAUUAAAUGUCUGGCACGGACAUAUUGGCCCUGUUCCAGUCGUGCCGAUAUCCCUUGUCGUCGGCACUAUAAUUGGCGUAAUUGUAUUCCGUAUAACCGACGAGAAUCGUUCACCGAAGUAUCAUAACGCUUUCGCGUUCCUUGGAUUUUUGACCGCCAUGCUGACGGUAUAUUUGAUGGCUGGGGAAGUGAUGGCAGUCCUCCAGUGCAUAGGGCACGCUUUUAGUAUAUCAGAUGCCAUGCUUGGUAUUACGUUUCUCGCAUGGGGUAACAGUAUAGGUGAUAUGAUAUCAAACAUCGCCAUAGCUAAACAGGGAUUUCCGCGAAUGGGAUACGCAGCCUGUUUUGGUGGACCGAUGUUCAAUACACUUUUGGGAUUAGGACUAACUUAUGGAAUGGCCGCUGCUCAAGCGCCGAAUUAUCGUACACGUAUGAGAAUAAGCGACAUGGCACCUGGUUGUUUCGCCUUCCUGCUCUGUUCCUUAUUUACAACUAUUAUCUACUUGAAUAUUACGGGCUCGAUUGCUCGAAGAUCGUACGGAUACCUUUUGUACUCUAUAUAUUUCACAUUUAUUGUGAUUCAGUUUCUCAGUGAGUUUCAAAUAAUUCAUCCACUUGGUACUGAUCACCGGCCAGAAGAUAUUAAGUAA